AAUGAAACUUAACCUUUUCAUCUUCUUUGACACAAUUACCCAAAAAAUACAUUCUUCACGCCCAUCGGUACAACGAGCAGAAUUAUCAAAUUAUCGCACCCGAAAUAACAAUCACAAUAAAGUAAAAGUGAAAAGAUCACGAACGAAACUGUCUGACAACUUUUUCCUAAAUCGAUACUCCAUAUUGUGGAACAGGCUUCCAUCUGAGAUACGUGCAAUCCAGUCAGGGAUGAAGUUCCGACACGUUAUACAUUCCUUUCUAAACGUCGAAACAGCGAUCGGUAUAUUGCAACCUACCUUGACAAGUGAAUCCCCAUACGAAAUAGGAGCAAGAUGGAUAUAGUAUCAAUAUCAGGGGAUCUUUUUAUUCUCCUGUUGCCCGAUCUUACUGCCCUCCCCAAAUUUAUCAGUAGCAAUAACGUGUUUUCUAAAGGCAAAAAUAUCCUGAUUAACAAUGAAG